AUGGGGUUAGAAGAAGAAAUUGAUGGAUUAUCAUUAUUAAGUUUAAGUUCAACAUCAAUUGAAGAAUUAUUAUCAACUAAUACCAAUGGUAAUGUGUUAAAGAAACCAACUAUUGGAUUUAAAACAACAUUUGAAAAAACACUCGUAAAACUGAAAGAAAACGUUUUUUCGAAUCAAAAUACUAUUUUGACAUUAAAUGAAAAACAAUCUGAUAUACUUAUUCAACAAUUGCACGCUAAUCAAUCAAAUAAUUUAUUAUUUUUUGGUGAUUUUAAUAUUGAUAAUGAUAAUGAUGAUGUUGAUCAACGACACCAUUUGAUGAUACCUAUGUCAAAUUCAAAUACAUCAAAUUUAUCUCUCGAUCAAGUUUCAUCAAAAACAAAUUCUUCACCAUUUAUUGAAGUAUUACCUAAUCAAGUAAUCCAUCAACAAUCGAAUGAUAAUUCAACAAGUUCAUCAUCUGAACUAAGAAGAAAAUUUCCAUUAAAUUAUACACUUCCAAGGUUUGGUAAAGCUUUUGAAGAGGUUGCUGAACAUCCAUCACCAGCUGAUUUUGGACCCCGAUGUAGAAUGAAACAACAAUUAGUAAAAACAAUUCGCGAUGAUGCAGUAAAUAUUUAUGGUAUUGAUUUUUAUCCAACAGCAUUCGAAUUUGAUCGAAUGAUUGUUAGUGUUAAAAAUAUAUUUCCAACACUCACUAAAAUAUUUGGUGAAGAUAUGAGUUUAUUAGCAUCUGCAUUAAAACAACAAUUUUCUCGUGAUAGAUAG